UGGCUUCUCAAGAGAAGAAUGGGAAUGAGACAUAACGCAAGAGAGCUCCUGGGAGAGACUUUGCAUCUCAUGGGAUGAGAUUGAGGCAGGAUGGUUUAUGGUCGCUUCUUUACCUGCUGGUAUUAUGUCUUCAAGGUACACCUACGAGCAGUACAAGGAGACAGCUGAAUGGCUCCAGGCCAACACCAAAGAGCGGCCUCGCGUGGCUGUUAUCUGUGGCUCAGGCCUCGGGGGCCUGGCCAGUCUACUGAAGGAUCAAGUGGUGAUCAAGUACACGGACAUCCCCAACUUCCCCCAGAGCACAGUCGUAGGUCAUGCAGGAAAGCUAGUCUUUGGGAGGUUGUCUGGAAAGCCCUGCGUGGUGAUGCAGGGUCGCUUCCAUAUGUAUGAAGGCUAUCCCCUGUGGAAGGUGACGUUCCCGGUACGGAUCUUCCACUUGCUCGGGGUGGAGACACUAAUUGUCACCAAUGCAGCUGGUGGCCUCAACCCAGAAUAUAAUGUGGGGGACAUCAUGAUCAUCCGUGACCACAUUAACAUGCCAGGCUUGGCUGGGAUCAACCCCCUGGUGGGGCCCAAUGAGGAAAGUUUUGGGGUACGUUUCCCCCCCAUGUCAGAUGCCUAUGACAAAGACCUGCGGCGCCUGGCAUUGGCUGUGGCCAGGGAUCUGGGCCAUGCCAAGAGUGUGCAUGAAGGGGUCUACUGCUCAGUUGGAGGGCCCAGCUACGAGACCAUCGCUGAGUGUCGCUUCCUGCAGCGUGUGGGGGCCGAUGCUGUGGGCAUGAGUACUGUCCCCGAGGUGAUUGUUGCACGACACUGUGGCCUGCGCGUCUUUGGCUUCUCGCUCAUCACCAACAAGGCGGUGCUCGACUACACCAGCCAGGAGAAAGCCAACCACACAGAGGUGCUGCAAGCCGGCUCUGGUAGUGCCAAGAUGCUGGAGAAGAUUGUCUCGGAGCUGGUGCAGCGUAUUGAGAGCAACAACAACUUGGCAUAGGCAGGGGAUGCCUGUGCCCCCCUCCCUCUCCUGUUUAGGCACUGAAAUUCUCCAAAUCUUGUUUAAGCCUCCCCCUCCGGUGAACUGUUAGGCUGCCUCUGAGCACCAGAACCAGCCCUGGUUGAGGAUGUUCGGAUGUUCAUUCACUUUGGGACACUGCAGUCUGGUCUCUUAGUCUGCCUGUCCCUUUCUCUGUCCUUAGUCUUUGUUAUUAGAUGAGCUUCCCAGUUCGUUCUGCCACUUGGAGACUUGCUUUUAUCUGCAAGCCUCCCAGAAUGCUGUUGUCUGUCUGUCCUUGGAGAAUCUGGUCUCUUCUCUGCUGAGCAGGUCGAUCUCCCCCCCAGAUUUCCUUCUCCUGAGGCAUCCUUGUCACUAAUUGCACUGAUGGAUGCAUCCAGCCCAGGCAAAGGGUGAUUGACCCUAAACACUUCUGUCAUUCUAGCUGCUGCUUCCCACGCAGAGGGAAAAAUCCCCCUGUUUUCAUCUUGGUGUCUCGCUCACGUCCCCCUCCGCUUCUCUCAGUCUUGGCGUCAUGCUGUGCCCUGCUGGGCGCCUGUAGCUCUCCUGUCCAACUAGGUGUCUUAGCCCGAACCCCUCCCUGCCUUUGCAGCAAGCCUCCUCCUUGGGGCUUACCAGCAGGAACAGAACCUGGGUGCUGGGGCACGUAGGAGCACUGGCUGCUAUCACUUGAGCUCAAGCCUUUAGGCAACAGUGCCAGUUUGCAUGCAUGGGAGGGCAGCAGUGUCCAUGGGCAUCUGGUGCUGCCCUGCUAGUGUCACCUGAGUUGCAAGCAUUAGGAGGAUCUGGACUCCAGUCUUUCAGGAACUUGCCUAUUGUGUGCAGAGUGCGUGAUGUGGGCAGGCUCUUCUGGGAUCAUGCAGUGCUGUCUAUCAGAGACAACUCUGCCUUAGGUCCCGAGAGCAGUAAUGGGUGGCUUUUGUGCCUUGGUUUCAUGAAGAGUUGGGGUCUCUUACUUUCAGGGGUACCUUGGUCCCUUUUGGAGGAGAUGGCGUGAUGUAUGUGUGUGUUAUAUCCACUCCUGCUUGCAGCUGGUGCCCACUGGCAAAGGGACCAAAGCCCUUUUGUUCCACCUUGGCUAUAGGAGAUGAAUGUCUUGCCUCUCUGGGGUUAGGCCUUAGCUGUGCAGCUGGUUUUAGCCUGCUUUUCACAUUCCUCCUUCUUUACCAUUACCACAGUCUCCGUACAACAGUUACAUUUUCAAUUGCUCUUAAGUUUGUCGGUGGGGUGCCCCAGAGCUGCUGGAGAGCUGAAUCCCCACCCCAGUCCAAACCGAUCGUAUCAAAGGACUGUUUCAGCAUAUGGCACUUUCAUUUUAUUUAAGAAGCUGUAGCCCUGGCUAAUUAUAACACCAGUUAAAAUAAAGCAAUAAGUGCAAAGUC